AUGCUGACACAUCGGAGUCGGCACCUGAAAACGCAUUCAAAGCCGUUUCGAUGCGGAGAAUGUCCAAGCGGGUUUGCUCUUCGUUCAGAUCUGGAAAGACAUGUUAAAGCCCGCCACCGUGUUGGAAAUGAACAAUACUACUGCCGUGUCGAUCUAUGCCAGUUUAAAUCGAAUCGAAAGGACCACCUCAAGAGGCAUAAAAGGAAAUUCCAUGUCGAUGCUCUACUACCUGCUGAGACCGCAUAUAUCUCCUCAAUUAAAGAAGCCACAGAAGAGGGUUCAUUCUCACAAAUUGAAGAGACAACUGAACCUCUUGGCUCUUCAAAUGGAAUUUACAGUGUUUCUGUUUUCAUGCGAGCUGCAACCUCUGGGGAUAUUCCUACUUUGGAGUUAUUGAUGGACUUUGGAUUCACCACGGAUACGAGAGCAGAAGACCAAUCAACUGCACUACACUGCGCUGCCAGAAGCGGUCAGGAAAGAACGGUUCAGUACUUGCUCGACAAAGGUGCUAGUUGCGAAACGUUCAACGAUAAGCGCCGACGACCACUACAUGAGGCCAUCCUAAGCGGCAAUUUAGACGUAGUGAAAGCCUUGUUUCAGCACAAAUCGGAAGGCUAUCGCCCAUGCUCAGAUGAUGUCACACGUAUAUGUGUCGCGGAGACUAGGAAUAUCGAUAUAUUGGAGUGGUAUAUGGAAAAUCAGGGAACGGAAUCCACGGCCGCCGAUGUGGGUUGGAUAUUUCAUAGUGCACUACGCGCGAACAACGAUACGCUGUUGGCGGCCCUGCUAGUACAUCCUGAUAUCGAUGUAAACCGCAAGGAUGAACAUGGAUAUGCACCCAUACACCAUGCGGCUCGAUGGGGUAAUGCAAAGGUCAUGAGUCUCAUGCUUGCCUCUGAUAGAAUUGACAUCAGUUCAGGCACGAGGGGGAAAGAGCUGAUGGCAAUUCACAUUGCCGCCCAGUAUGGAAACAUCGAGGUUUUCGAGCAGUUACUGAGCAGCGAUAACAAUGAUGUUUCCCGUCGAGACGGGGAAGGGUACACGCCUUUGCAUCAUGCAGCAUUCACAGGACACUGGGAAGCAGUCCACUUGCUCCUUCGAUACACUUCUUCCACGAGCCACCGCGAUUCAAUAAAUAGGCCACCAGAGAAUGGGGAGUUCAUCAAGAAGGACGUAGUCUCUGAACUUCUCAAUCACGCUGGUUUUCGUGGUCCAAUUUCAGUUAGACCUGGACAGCGGAAAAGAAGUCUCCUUCAAUACGCUGCAAAAAGGCAAGACGAUGAAGUUAUGGCAGUCUUAUUGGCACACGAAGAGAUCGAUGUCAACCGACACAUUGGGUAUCGUUCUAACCUACUAGCGAAAGCGGCAGGCCAUGGUCACAUCGAAGUAGUAAAACUACUGCUCCAGCACCCUAAGAUCGAUGUCAAUCUCAAGGACCGUCGGAAUCGGACACUACUGGAAAGGGCUAGAUUCAAUUCACGCCAAGAAAUAGUAGACCUUCUGUUGUCCCACGGCGCCAUAGACAACGAAGUCAAAUCGCUAACAACUCCUACGAAAACCACCAACAUUCCGAUGGCUCUAGACGUUGGUCAUUUGCACGAUAUGGAUUUGCAACUGGACUCUGAAAACGGCCCUGAGUUUAGUUUAGAAGGUUUCUUCGAAGGUAUACCAGAUUGGAAGGAGUUCUCAGACGCGGAGGAUGAAAUGGCUGGAUAG